CAGAGAGUUUGGAUUAUAACAGCUUCUCAGUGUUGCUGAGAGUAUUCGCUUGCUAAUGCUAGCAGCUAGUGGAGCAGCGAGGGAGUGAGGACGCAACAAAAGGAGCAUUACAAUUAACAAGUGCAGUGAGACGUUACGUGACCUGGAUACUUCACAUCCACGGGGGCAAAGAUGAGUGUCUGUCUGCCCCCUCCUCCUCUGGAGAAUCGGGAGUUGCGGUGCCGGGUUGCGGCCCCUGGAGCUGAUCCCGAGGGCCCCCUUUUUUGUGCACAUUCUCCAGCAAUGCAGCCUGCUUUUGAUGAACACCAUUUCCCACGAGGCCCAGACCUUCGCAUGCUUAACAUCUUGGCUCGACAAGUUUCCCUUGAGAGGUCACAGUGAGCUGCCUGGAAACAGAGUUUGACGAAGACACGCGAAGAGGCAGCGAACACCUCCUGACACAAGCUAAUAUAUGAAUCCGGACCGAGAAGGACUAUGGACAGACCAGGCACUAGAAUGGGUGAGCCGAUUGCAAUCGAAUAGUGCAAGCGAGGUGUAAAUGCACCUAAGAUGCAUUGAGGACAGCUUGUGAUCCAAACCGCCUCUGGAGGUCGUCAGGGACGCACUGUGACCACGUUGAAUAAAGAUUUUCGUUUUGUGUUUUUUUGGACAAGAGGAGGAUGUGACGUGAGCGAGUCGGAGUGAUCGGGUCUCAAUGGGAUCUCUGUGGACACUGGAGACACAUAUCAAUACCAGUGAUUGCAGCUUCUCUCUCCAGCGCUCUCUAUAUCCAAUUCCAUUUCUCCCUCACUGUCCCCUGUCUCUGUCUCUGAAUCCAAAUAUUUCCAUCCCUGUCUUGUUCUCACGCUGCCUCUGUGCGACUACGCGCGUCUCUUCUCCCCCUCGGUCUCUGUCCUGCUGCAUCUCUUCUCCUUUUUUUUUUUUCUCGCUGUCUGUCUCCAUUUGUCUCAGCGGACAGGUCGGUUUCUCUGAGGGCUGCGCUCUGACACGGUGAAACUGAGUUAGUUUGUUCCUGCAGCGACGGCGGCACUUGGCAGUCAGGAUAACAACUCCAGAUAUUGACGGAGAGGACUUCGGGGUUCAGCGAGAGCUGGAUAGGAAGGAGAGGUUGUGCAGCCUUCCUGACUCCUCUGACUGAUGGAGACUCUUCGCCAGUUGGACUGAACCGUUGCACUGUGACUGGUCAUCUUUGGAUGCCUUCCGUUCUCUCCCACAUGAUUCUGAUAUCGGGGGAAGAUUGUCAAGAGUGAGGACGACAUGAAUCAGUGUAAUGGAAAUACUUUCCCACUGUUGCGGUGGCUCCAUUUCCAACCCUGUUUUGUGUCCUUAACCCCCCUCGUGAGGUUGGAGGGCCAGAGGGGCAGCUAGGUUUACCACCUGUUGUGGCAAUUACUAACAAGCCAACAAAGCAUGGAAGCCAAGGAGAGGCUUCAUUUCACUCCGCAAUACCCUUCAUCUUACCCGGGAAAGCAGUGCAAAGAUCGGAUGCCUGUUGGAGCCGAGAAGAAAACGUCUCCAUCCACAGACAGCCAAGGAUUUUACCCUCUGCGCCCCGGGCGUCGCUUGACGGAGUAGAGGGGACGCAUUCGUUCCGCUUCUUCGUGCACCUUGGAGAGGACAUGGCACCGUCGGCGUCGGAGAGGGGAGCGCAGCCGGCACAGGCGGGAGGACACAGGAGCUGAACGACAGGAUGCCAGCGACCUGAGCCCUACACUCAGAUCACCUCCAGCUCCGCCGACAGAGACUCGUUCUGACUUCACUUGUGCAGUUGAGAGGAGAAACAGAAGAAGACACCUGGUCACGAACAAAAGAAAAAGAAAAAGAAAAAAAAAAAAGCUUUUGGAGGAGUUUAAUUUUUCAAAAGUUUUUUUUGUACGCGUAAUUUUUUUUUUUUUUUGGGGGGUGUGAUUCAAAAACAAGGAUGCAUUGUGGAUUAGUCUUUAUCCUGUUGACGGGAAUCCUCUUGGUGGCCAAGGCUCUAAAGAACGACAAAUGUGGAGGCAACAUCAGAAUCUCAACCGCCAACUACCUCACGUCGCCCGGAUACCCCAUGUCCUAUCCCCCCUCUCAGAGAUGCGUGUGGGUGAUAUCGGCGCCUGGUCCUCACCAGCGGAUCCUCAUCAACUUCAAUCCGCACUUCGAUCUGGAGGACCGCGAGUGCAAAUACGAUUACGUCGAGGUGCGAGAUGGCGUGGACGAGAGCGGUCAGCUGGUGGGGAAGUACUGCGGGAAGAUCGCCCCGUCUCCGGUCGUCUCCUCUGGAAACCAGCUCUUCAUCAAGUUCGUGUCCGACUACGAGACGCAUGGAGCAGGUUUCUCCAUCCGAUAUGAGAUCUUCAAGACAGGUCCCGAAUGCUCCAGGAACUUCACCUCCAACGGCGGCGUCAUAAAGUCACCCGGCUUCCCGGAGAAGUACCCCAACAACCUGGACUGCACUUUCAUGAUCUUCGCCCCGAAGAUGUCCGAGAUCAUUUUGGAGUUCGAGAGCUUCGAGCUGGAGCCCGACCCAACACCCCCGACCGGCGUGUUCUGCCGCUACGACAGACUGGAGAUUUGGGACGGCUUCCCCGGAGUCGGCCCGUACGUCGGGAGGUACUGUGGGCAGAACACCCCCGGCCGGAUCAUCUCCUACACAGGCAUCCUGGCGCUGACAAUCAACACGGACAGUGCCAUCGCUAAAGAAGGCUUCUCCGCCAACUUCACCGUCAUCGAAAGGACCGUUCCAGAGGACUUUGACUGCAGCGACCCUUUGGGAAUGGAGUCGGGAGAGAUAACAUCAGACCAAGUCAUGGCCUCAUCCCAGUACAACCCCAGCUGGUCCCCAGAGCGCUCCAGACUCAACUACUACGAAAAUGCUUGGACGCCGGCAGAAGACUCCAACAAGGAGUGGAUACAGGUGGAUCUUGGGUUCUUGCGGUUUGUCUCGGCCAUCGGUACCCAGGGCGCCGUUUCCCAGGAGACCCGGAGGACUUACUUCGUCAAGUCCUACAAGGUGGACGUCAGCUCGAAUGGAGAGGACUGGAUCACUCUGAAGGAAGGCUCCAAACAAAAGGUUUUCCAAGGCAACACCAACCCAACAGACGUUGCCAAGACGAUGCUGCCCAAACCCACGCUGACACGCUUCCUUCGGAUCCGUCCUGUUACCUGGGAAACAGGCAUCGCGCUGCGCUUCGAAGUGUAUGGAUGUAAGAUAUCAGAGUACCCAUGCUCGGGCAUGCUGGGCAUGGUGUCGGGCCUGAUCACCGACAGCCAGAUCACCGCGUCCUCCCACACAGACCGGAGCUGGGUACCGGAGAACUCUCGCCUGCUGACGAGCAGGACGGGCUGGACGCUGCUGCCCCAGCCGCAGCCCUACACCAGCGAGUGGCUGCAGGUGGACCUCGGCGAGGAGAAGCUGGUGAAGGGGUUGAUCAUCCAGGGGGGGAAGCACCGCGAGAACAAAGUCUUCAUGAAGAAGUUCCGCAUCGGCUACAGCAACAACGGCUCCGACUGGAGGAUGGUGUCGGACUCGACUGGGAACAAGCCAAAGAUAUUUGAAGGGAAUAGCAACUACGACACUCCUGAGCUGAGGACAGUGGAGUCCCUGCUGACCCGUUUCAUCAGAAUAUACCCAGAGAGGGCCACUCCUGCCGGCAUGGGCUUGCGACUCGAGCUCCUGGGCUGUGAGAUUGAAGCCCCUACGGUCCCGCCGACGACGAUAGUCCCGAGCACUACUCCUUCAGACGAGUGCGACGACGACCAGGCGAGCUGCCACAGCGGCACAGGUGAUGACUACGACGUGACAGGUGUUACCACAGUGCCAGGGACCACGACUGUCGAAGUGGAAACCAUCCCAGCUUUCCUGUGGUUUGCCUGUGACUUCGGCUGGGCCAACGAUCCGUCCUUCUGCAGCUGGACGUCCGAGGACACCGGCUCCAGGUGGCAGAUCCAGUCCAGCGGCACCCCCACCCUCAACACGGGACCCAACAUGGAUCACACAGGAGGAUCAGGCAACUUCAUCUACACCUUGGCGACGGGCCCGCCAGAGACCGAGGUCGCUCGGCUGGUCAGCCCUGUGGUCAGCUCCCCGGACGCGGACCUGUGCGUGUCCUUUUGGUACCACAUGUUCGGGUCGCACAUUGGCACGCUGCACAUCAAGCAGCGCAAACAGACGGACGACGGGCCGGCCGACAUCCUGCUGUGGAUGGUCAGCGGUCACCAGGGCAACCGCUGGAGAGAAGGUCGCGUCUUUGUGCCGCGCACAAACAAACCCUAUCAGGUGGUGAUCGAAGGUCUGGUGGAGAGAAAGAGCUGGGGAGACAUUGCUGUGGAUGACAUUAAGGUUCUCAAUGGGCUCAGCAUGACGGACUGUAAAGAUCCUGACGUACCCACUGAGCCCAUGCUACCGGAGGACAAUGAAGUCUUCGAAGAGAUCACCGAAUACCCGGUGUUCGUGGAGACGAACCAGAUCAGCGGCGCCGGCAACAUGCUGAAGACGCUCGACCCCAUCCUCAUCACCAUCAUCGCCAUGUCCGCCCUGGGCGUCUUCCUGGGGGCCAUCUGUGGCGUGGUCUUGUACUGCGCCUGCUCGCACGGCGCCAUGUCGGACAGGAACUUAUCGGCCCUGGAGAACUAUAACUUUGAGCUGGUGGACGGCGUCAAGCUAAAGAAGGACAAACUCAACGUACAGAGCUCGUACUCGGAGGCCUGAGGGCGGGACCGAGCGCACCGGUUGUGACUGUGUGACGUGCAGAGCUCGCAGAACUUGCACAAGACUGGCUGCAGGCGCGUUCCUCUCGCGCACCCGCGAGAGCGGGCUAGCGCUCAAAAGGACUGCCGACGCCCUCCACUCGCUGGAGGAGGGACAGGUUCAGGAUCCAGUGGGGAGGUUUGGACUGAUCCACGCUUUUCUCAGGAGCUGCAGUAUAAAAAGAACCUACCAGUAGGGGACACUGUGUACAAAUAAACUACAGAAGAAGAAGAAAAAAAACAUAUGUACAGAUGAUUUAGAUGAUAUUUUAAUUUUCUAUUUUGAUUUUCAUUCAUUUUUACAAUCGGAUGCUGGUGCUGAGACCAAUUUAUUAAUAAUGUUUAAAGUAUUUAUCGUUUUUUCUGGGAAAGAAAUCUUCGUUUGUUUGUUUUUUCCUCAUCAGUUCAUGAAGGCUGUUGUAUAUUUUCAACUUUUUGAAAGAGACGUAUCGAAAAUCUUAAAUGAACCAUAUCUGGCAAAAGUGUCGAUUUGCCCCAGGGUGUGUCCGCCGGACCCUGAGACAUGUACUCUCUCCCCUUUGACCCCGACCACUCUCAAGUGAGGGCUCCAUUCAUGGCAGUGUAUGGUUCUAACAGUGCCUUUAGUACGUUUUGGUUGGUCUCCUCUGUUGAGUUUUUAUUUUACUGUAUAUGGCUUAAGUUAUGAUUACAGGAAGCAGGGGCACACUAUCUUAUAAAUAUCUGCAAAACAGGAUAACAAUCUAUCACAGCGCUUUAUUUUUAAGUUUUUGUUGUUGUCGUCGUUGUUGUUCUCUGUCCAAAAACCACACACUGUAAAUAAGUUUUAAUAUAUUUUAUUGCCCUUUUUCAAGAAAGUAAAAAGGUAAAAAAAAAAGCAAAAAAAAAAAGCUGCAGUAUCCCUUUUUUCACGGGUUUGUGUGUUUUUGUGUGUAAAUACAAUCUUCUGACUGUUUUGUGCAGUGUAACUUCCUUCUUUUUUUUAAAUCUUUUUUAGAUUAUAUCGCUUUAGAUCAAUCUUGCUCGCUCAGACGAGCAAAAUUUUUGUGAUGCUGAUGGUACAGCAGCUUCAACGUGCAUUCAAGCCGUCUGUCAUCGAAACACCCAAAAAAAAAAAACCCACAGGAGAACAAAAGAGUCAAAAGGUCAGAAAAGAAAAGAAGCUGACUUGACACUGUCUCUCUCUCUCUCCCUCUCCCUCUUGGCCAAUCUCUUCUCUUCAUCAUAUCUCUGCUUUGAGUUCGACUGGUCGCCAGAAUCUUUCAAAUAGCCUCAAACACGCUUGUGUCGAUGGCCCAGUUUUUUAUUUAUUCAUUAAGAACUACCUGCCAGCUUACCAAAAAAAAAAAAAAUCCUCCUCGCUUUGCGUUAGCAGCGACCUAGAGGAG